UUCAGCGACCCUGUGCGGGGAAGUCGUUGCCGCCCCCAUAAGGGCAAGCCGAUCGCGAUGUGGGUUUGGGGACUUAAGCGUGGGAAAUGGUAGUCUCCAAACAUUAAGAGCUGGCGGCCCAUGGCUCUAGUAACCCAGGUGCUUGCUGUGUGCGGCCUGCUCUACUCUCGGCCGCCCGCCGCCAUCCGUAACCCGGGACACCCGCCGGCAGCGCACCUUACGCCGAUUCUCGAAGAGAUGUACGCCGGGCGCGGCGCAUGGCUUCGGAGUCCCUGCCGGCCGCUACGCAGUUUACGUAGUGAACGGACGCUCGCGCAGGCGCAGGAGUGGGGCGGAGCAGCGGGAGCCGGGGAGCUGGAGCCCGGUGUCCCGGCGACCGGAUCCCGCUUACCCCGCGGCGGCCUGAGAACCUGACAUCGACUUCCUCUUAUUCACCAGGGCUGAGGGUGGACGCGGUGGGGGGAACACGUCUGGAAUCUUGAGGACAGAGGAAGAAGCCUCCCAAUCCGGAUUAUUGGAGGGGAAAGAGGAACCAAGCUUGGGGAGGGGGAGAGCGGGGCGGUGGGCGCCCCCGCAGCGGCCGCUGCCCUAAGCUGACGGGCAUCGGCCGGCUCUCCCCCUCCUGCCAGCCGGACACGAGCGACCAAGGCCAGGGACUCUGUGCCACUGCAUCCUCGCAUCUUGGCUCUGGGGCUGGCCCAGGGAGGGACACCCCAACCCCCAUUUCAUUUGCCCUGGAGUUCCCAGGUCUCACCACCCAUUGCAGUUCCCACCCCUCCGUAUUUAUUUCCCUGGCUUCUGGCCAGUCCCCUAUCUCUGUCAACGGGUUUCAGGCCUCCCUCCUUGACAUGGAGAGUAACCUGUCUGGUUUGGUGCCUGCAGCUGGGCUGGUACCUGCACUGCCACCUACAGUGACCCUGGGGCUGACCGCUGCCUAUACUGCCCUGUACGCUCUGCUCUUCUUCUCUGUCUAUGCCCAGCUCUGGCUGGUGCUUCUGUAUGGGCACAAGCGCCUAAGCUAUCAGACGGUAUUCCUGGCGCUCUGUCUGCUCUGGGCAGCCCUGCGGACCACACUCUUCUCCUUCUACUUCCGAGAUACCCCCAGGGCCAACCGCCUGGGGCCCUUGCCUUUUUGGCUUCUCUAUUGCUGCCCUGUCUGCCUGCAGUUCUUCACACUGACGCUUAUGAACCUCUACUUUGCGCAGGUGGUGUUCAAGGCCAAGGCGAAGCGUCGGCCAGAGAUGAGCCGAGGCUUGCUGGCUGUCCGAGGGGCCUUCGUGGGUGCUUCACUGCUCUUUUUGCUGGUGAAUGUACUGUGUGCAGUGCUGUCUCGCCAGCGCCAGGCACAGCCCUGGGUCCUUCUGCUGGUACGUGUCCUGGUGAGCGACUCUCUCUUCGUCAUCUGUGCCCUCUCGCUUGCUGCCUGCCUCUGCCUAGUGGCCCGUCGAGCCCCUUCCACCAGCAUCUACUUAGAGGCCAAGGGGACCAGUGUGUGUCAGGCAGCUGCUAUAGGGGGUGCCAUGGUCCUACUCUAUGCCAGCCGGGCCUGUUACAACCUGGCAGCUCUGGCUUUGGCCCCUCGGAGCCGGCUAGAUGCCUUCGAUUACGACUGGUACAACGUAUCUGACCAGGCAGAUUUGGUGAAUGACCUAGGGAACAAAGGCUACCUGGUGUUUGGCCUCAUCCUCUUCAUUUGGGAAUUGCUGCCCACCACAUUGCUGGUGGGCUUCUUCCGGGUACACCGGCCCCCACAGGAUCUGAGCACCAGUCGAAUCCUCAAUGGGCAGGUUUUUGGCUCCCGAUCCUAUUUUUUUGACCGGGCUGGCCACUGUGAGGAUGAGGGCUACUCCUGGGAGCAUAGCCGGAGUGAGAGCACCAGCAUGUCCGGCAGCCUGGGCUCUGGCAGUUGGUAUGGUGCCAUCGGGCGUGAGCCAGGCUGGGGAGGGGCCAGCCAGACGAGGACCACUCCUCUGCUCUUCUCCCAGGUGCCAGGACCUGGUAGCCACCACCACAGCCUCUAUUCCACACCACAGACGUGAUCUCCUUUUACUCCCCUUAGAAUACCCUGGCCCCAGCUCCCCUGACCCCUGGCCCCUGUGCCAAGUACAUCUGCUGCUGCUUGCCCAGGAUGCCAGGGGAAUGUGGCUGCUUCUCUCCUCUGGUGGGCUCCUUGCUGAUCCUAUUGUAGUGAGCUUGUGCCAUCCCCCUAAAAUGGGAACAAGGUCCCAGGAUACCAGAUGCUCACAGUGCCCUGGCAUGACCUGCCACCUCUGCUUCCACACUGGAGCCGGCUACCUCUCCUGUGCCUACCACUCAAUAAACAGAGGCUGUGCCCCGUCCUCCUUCCUA